AUGAUGAUGUUGCAGCAAUUGUUGGCUCCAAUCCUGAUGGUGGCUGCAUGUCUGGCCACUCAGGUACCAUUUAAUGCCUACCUGCCGCCACCUAGGGAUUACGAACUAGAUGAUGCAGGCCUCGCCUUCCUAUCCGAGGCCGAACACCCAGUCGGAAGGUAUGCCCCCGACUUCGUGGACUAUCCUGGGAUCCAUCAGGCUCUGCUGCUGAGGCAGCAACAGGAGUACGCCCUAGACUUGCCAUUCGAGGGAGAUCUGCAACAGCAGCAGCAGCAACUGAAUGGAGCUGAGACUUGGUGAAUAAACAUUCCUUUGCAAAAUGAUGUAUGAUAAAUAAAUGAUUCUGCUGCCAGUGGAA